GGCAGGACGCGAUCACAGGUUCCUCUUUAUAUCAGCAGUAAUAUUAUUAUAUUAUGGAAAUGUGAUUACUGUAUACAGGUAUAUACAUACGUAGGGUAGCGUAUGUACACAUGUAUACACAUAAAUGUUUGGUCAAGAGCUUCACCUUCAUCACAAAUUUCGUAUCAUUCUCUCUGAUAUGCGACGGCCAUCCGAAGCAAAUUUCCCGAUCUGAUCAUAAACCACUCAAUUCGCCGGUGAAAAGAUCUGAUCGGAGAAAGAGGAAAUGGGUCACUGUUUCUCGGUGUCUUCGUCGGAGAUCCACGAAGAGAACGAGUUUUCCGAUGGAAACACGAUGGUGUGUUAUGGAGAAGAGUCCGGUUUAGGUGACGACGGUCCGGUUUGGCCGUCCGGUUCGGUCUGGUCAAUUCAAGGGAGCAAAGGGCUUAACCAGGAUGCUGCUGUCCUUUACCUGGGAUACGGGAGAGGGGAAGGGGAGAUGUGUGGAGUGUUCGAUGGGCAUGGGAAAAGUGGGCAUUUGGUUAGCAAGAUGGUGAGAAACAGGUUGCCAUCUCUCUUGCUGACAUUCAAGAACCAAUCUCCUGAUGAUGAUGAUGAUGGCGAGUGGGAAGAAGCUUGUCUUUCUGCCUUCAGACUCAUUGACAGAGAGCUUCUCCUCCAGACCUUUGACUGCUCUUUCAGCGGCACCACUGCUGUCAUUGCCAUCAGACAGGGAAACGAUCUCGUGCUAGCUAAUCUCGGGGAUUCAAGGGCCGUGCUGGGGACGGUGUCCGAGGAUGGAGAGCUCGGAGCUGUUCAGUUAACCACUGAUCUGAAACCCGGAGUUCCUCGUGAGUUUCUUCUUCUUCUUCUUCCCCCUUCUCUUGUUUCAGGCUGUGCUAAAGGAUUGAAUCAAUACCGAUAUCCGGAGUUUUCUUGUGCUGCAGGUGAAGAAGAGAGGAUCACAAGGUGCAACGGCCGUGUGUUCGCCUUGAAAGCAGAGCCCUAUAACCCGAGGGUAUGGCUGCCCAACCGGGACGUGCCCGGGUUAGCCAUGUCGAGAGCGUUUGGAGAUUUUGUGCUCAAGGACUAUGGCAUUAUCGCCGUUCCUGAGGUCUCUCACCGUCGUCUAACUCCCAAUGACCAGUUCCUUGUCCUUGCUACAGACGGGGUGUGGGAUGUGCUUAGCAACGACGAAGUUGUCUCGAUUGUGAGUUCGGAGAGAAAGCCGGCUUCAGCAGCAAAGCUGGUGGCAGAGACUGCAAAAGCUGCAUGGAAGAAGAAGAAGCUUCAAUCUACAAAGGUUGAUGACAUUACAGUAGCAUGCCUCUUUCUGCAGAAGCAGCAAGAUGCAGGUACACCUAGUCAGACAUAUAUAUGAAUACACCAUCUAGACUGCAGAAUGCCACACUGAAACACAAGUCGUAUAACAUGAACUCGAAAUACAACAAUGGGAGGUUUUCCAGCAAUAUCGGGAGAUCACUAAGGCCGAAUCAGCAUGAAUUACCAGAGACCUUCGAACUCGGAAGGUCUGCAGACCCUGCAGUUGGAUGUGGUGAAGAAAACAAUGAACAUGAAAGGGUUUUAGUGUUGAAACAUGUUCUACGAGCAUGAUUGUGAGUUUGACAAUGUGAAACACUCGAAGGGUUUCGGGUAUUUA